CGGGCUGGGGGCGGGGUGACGCUGUCACGGCGCCGGCGUUGGAAGCGGAGCCUGGCUGGGGAAGGCGGCGGGAGUUUUUUUUGUAGAGACUUUGGAGUGGUUCUUCUGUUCCUGAUAAUUGAAAUGUACUAUGGAACAUGUUCAAGAACGUGAAGAGUGCCUUGUGCAAACCCAGAUGUACCGGGUGGAGAGACCAGUAUAUAACGAAGAGUUCUUACAAGGACAGCUGCACAAGAAGGAAAAGACGCCUCAGCCUCUUAGCCAAAAGAUAGCACAUUCUUGUCGUUGUUCUUCCAAGAAAGCCAAGUCUCAUCUCUACAGUUUUUUACCAAUUUUAAAAUGGCUGCCCCGUUAUCCAGUGAGGGCAUAUUUGUUAGGAGACAUAAUCUCAGGUAUAAGCACUGGGGUUAUGCAGCUUCCUCAAGGGUUAGCCUAUGCUUUGCUGGCAGCUGUUCCCCCGGUAUUUGGCCUAUAUUCUUCAUUUUAUCCUGUUUUUCUAUAUACUUUUUUUGGGACCUCCAGACACAUAUCAAUAGGGACGUUUGCAGUGAUUAGUCUGAUGAUUGGUGGAGUUGCUGUCAGAGAAGCUCCUGAUGAAAUGUUUAAUAUUGUGGAAUCUAAUUCCACCAAUAGCUCUGAUCUUCUUGAAAACUAUAAAGCCAGAGAUGCCAUGAGGGUAAAGGUAGCUGUGGCCGUCACCUUGCUUUCAGGGAUCAUACAGUUGUCUUUAGGUCUCCUUCGGUUUGGUUUUGUAGCCAUCUAUCUAACAGAGCCACUGGUACGAGGGUUUACUACUGCCGCGGCAGUUCAUGUCUUUACCUCCCAGUUAAAGUAUCUGCUUGGAAUCAAGACAAAACGCUACAGUGGAGCCCUUUCAGUUCUAUAUAGUUUAAUUGCUGUACUUUCAAAUAUCACAAAAACCAACAUUGCAACCUUAGUUGUUGGAUUAACAUGCAUUGUUUUGCUGCUGAGUGGCAAAGAAAUUAAUGACCGGUUUAAGAAGAAACUACCAGUUCCUAUUCCUAUGGAGAUCAUUGUGGUAAUAAUAGCUACUGGAGUUUCAGCUGGAAUGAAUCUAUCCAAGACGUAUGAAGUGGAUAUUGUUGGGGAUAUCCCUAAAGGAUUACUUGCUCCAAAAGUACCUGAUAUAAAUCUCAUCCCAGCAGUGUUUGUAGACGCAUUAGCAAUAGCAAUUGUUGGCUUUUCCAUGGCUGUAUCAAUGGCCAAAAUCUUUGCACUUAAACAUGGCUACACUAUUGAUGGAAAUCAGGAACUUAUUGCCUUGGGAAUAUGUAAUUCUGCAGGAUCUUUCUUCCAAACCUUCUCGAUCACUUGCUCAAUGUCUCGGAGUCUUGUUCAGGAGAGCACUGGAGGGAAAACUCAGAUUGCAGGUACGCUGUCCUCAAUCAUGGUUCUGUUAGUCAUUGUGGCUAUUGGUUACCUCUUUGAACCAUUACCACAGACUGUGCUAGCUGCAAUCGUGAUGGUGAAUCUGAAAGGAAUGUUUAAACAGUUUGGAGAUAUAGCACAUUUCUGGAGAACCAGUAAGAUCGAACUGGCCAUCUGGAUUGUUGCUUUUGUGGCCUCUGUUUUCCUGGGACUUGACUAUGGCUUGCUUACUGCUGUGGCGUUUGCAAUGAUAACCGUUAUUUACAGAACACAAAGUCCACAGUACAGAAUCCUGGGUCAGAUUCCUAACACAGACAUUUACAGUGACGUGGAACAGUAUGAAGAGGUGAAAGAAUAUCCUGGAAUAAAAAUAUUCCAGGCCAAUGCAUCCCUCUAUUUUGCCAAUAGUGAAUUGUAUGCAAGUGCGCUGAAGAAAAAGACUGGAGUUGAUCCAUGUGCUGUAUUGGCAGCAAAGAAAAAAGCCCAGAAAAGGCAUGCCAAGGAACUAAAGCAGACAAAUGAACACAGGAAGAAAGCAGUCUUGAAGCUUACUAAUGACCUGGAAACAAGCGUAAAACACGAGGUAAUUAAUGAUGAGCUACCUCUAAAUGGAAAAUCUGCAGAUGCUAAUGCACAAGGCACAUCUCCUGAUGAACUUGAACACUUUAUGGAGCCAAUGACAAAUGUUCACUGUAUAAUUUUGGACUUGACACCAGUGAACUUUGUGGAUUCAGUUGGAGCAAAAAUGUUAAAAUCAGUUAUAAAAGAAUAUGAAGAAGUUGGCGUUUUUGUGUGUGUAGCUGGCUGCAGUGGCCCUGUUAUGGAUGAUCUGACUCGACUUAAUUUUUUUGAAAAAUCCACCACCAGAGAUUUGCUGUUUCACAGUGUUCACGAUGCUGUUCUCUCCUGCCAGCUGAAGCACUGCGUUCAGAGACAAAGAUUCUUUGUGUAUCAGCUACUGGCCAUGGUUUUCAAAAGUGACUACUGGCUUUCUCUAACGGGUCCAGCUCUCAAUGAGCAGGAGCACAAGCACUUUCUGAAGGUCAGUUGCCUUUAACAGGUGUCAAGUUGGGUGUUCAAAUCUCUAAUCAUGUUGGAAAAUCUGAACCAGAAAUUUAAGCUAUAAAGCUUUUUUGAAAGGAUGAGAGAUUGCAAUAGGAACAUAACCUAAGCUCUUCUAAAACAUCUGUCCCAAAUAAUGGACUGAGAGAGUCAUCUUUUUAAGUGAGUGGUUACUGCAGUGCUGAUGUGCAAUUGGGAAGAAGUGCCAGAGGGGUGGGGUGCCCUUCAGAGUCCUUGUGAAAGGGCAGAAGGAGCCUCCUUGCUGACUCUAUUAGCAAACCAAGAAUGUUUUUAAAGAAAACCCCUCCAAGGGCCUGAGCAAUUCAUUUACAUCCUCCUUGCAUAAGUAACAUUUACUUGAAAUAGGCUUUGAAAGUAGGGAAAGAUCAGUUAUAGCUUUUCCCUGCAUGUCACUAUUUAAGCAAAGCCUAUAGCUUUCCUGAGGAGGGAAACAUCCUGUGUGGAAUAGUAUUUGCUAGCGGAGAGCAGCUGUGUGAAGAUAUACCCUCCCUCACAGGAGCCCUGACUCCUUCCCGCUCCAUAUCCCCAACCCCCACUUCUAUUCAACUUGCCUUUUGAGUGCUGGUUCAAGCAAGAAGGGACAAGAUAGGUGCAGGCCACAGCUUCACUUUUCUUCUAGUGCCAGAAAGUUCCCGAGCUGCCCUGUUUAAGUCUCCAUUUAGCCAUACACCUGCCAGAGCCCAGCUCUGAGGCAGUGUCCUGACACACCUAUGGGUAGGCGCUAGGGAUAAUGAUGGCUUUAGUUUCCCUAAGCCAUGCAUUCCUUAGAGUGAAGCUGUCUCUGCUAACACAGCAAGACCACACGGAUUCCUUGUUAAGGCUGGAGGUGAGUCCACUAUCCAGUACUGGAGCCAGUUUUGUACUUAAGUGAUGUACUAGCCAUGAUUUUUAUUCUUAGGCUUAUGCCUCCUGCUGCCACUGAGAUUAAAUUGAUAAACUAUGACAGACUUUAGCUUAAAGCUGGAACUGAUGGUGAUGAUAAUCAAAGUGGACCAUCAGCUUUAGAGUUUUGCUACUUUGCUCUUAUGCUUCUGUAGUGGGCUAGCAGUGGUCAUUGGUUCUCAGGCAGCAUCAGAUUGUAUUCCCUGCCACCCCCUUCAAAGCAUAAAUCAAGCAAUUGCUGUUCGAUGCUGUACUCAGCUUGGCAGGAGACCAUUGUUCCCUUCCACCAGCUUUUACACAGCAAGAGGGGAGAGAUUUACAACAGAAAGUUCAGGGGAAGAGGGUUACUUAGAAAAACAAACCAACCCUGCAUUUUCUUUUACCCACAUUUGCUCCUGCUUCCUGGUGGUGGCAGCUGCAGGGAGGAGGCAAGAGGCUUUGUUAUUGAAACCAGCCCCAUGUGAAAGCAUCAAUAUGCCACUGCUUCUGCUCUACAGCAAUAGUGAGGACUACAGUGUAGUGGGCAAGACUACUACUGGAGAGCAAGGAAGAGGCUGUGCUGUUUUUUUUGAAACCAGUCUUUAGUCUAAAACUGGCAGGAACUAACUUCCCAGAACCAGAGUCUAUGUUGGGUUAGUUUCAUGGGAAAGAAUGGGCCCAGAAGACAAGGUAUAUCUCCAAUUAUUAAAACUAAAUACCUUAUCUCCUAGAACUGGAAGGGAUCUUGAAAGGUCAUUGAGUCCAGCCCCCUGCCUUCACUAGCAUGAUCAGGAACUGAUUUUUGCCCCAGAUCCUUAAGUGGUCCCCUCAAGGAUUGAACUCACAACCCUGGCUUUAGCAGGCCAAUGCUCAAACCACUGAACUAUCCCCCUCCCCCCUGUACAGUGUACAGUGAUAAGGUAUGAGUUACCUUAUCACUGUACAACAUUUUAGUGUUUUUUAAAAAUACAGAGACCAUAGUCUGCUAAAUACUCUGGCAAAAGCAUCCUUUAAAAAUGUUUUCAGUCAUUUGUUAAACAGUUCAUAUUUCACAUGCUUAAGUACUGUUUUUCCUUUAACACUAUCCCUGAUUUGCUUCAGCUGCAAGAGUUUUUAGGAGAAUGGCCCUGUCUGACCCUUUUAGCUGCUAUGAAGGAUAACUUGCUUUUUCUUUUUUGUGGGGGAGGAAGGUAGGUUAUAUAUAGCAAGCUGGUGCUGUUUCUGUUGCUGCUGUGGUGCUGAUGCUGCUCUCUCAGACAAAAGCAGCAGCAGAACUAGAAAAUGCAGGUUCUGGGUCAGAGGUUGACUCAUUUGUAACCUCAGUACUUGUGCAACACAAGCACAGCCCAGUCUUAUUAACCCCAAGCCCUGCCAAACGUGUACCAUUGUCAGGCUACUUACUGUGCUGCUUUUAGCUGCCUCCUUGGUCACAUGCUCACAAGCAGUGUUUCAAACAUCUGGUUCUCAAAUUCAUUUGCUUAUGCCCCCCUUCUUUGUCUGUAGUAGUUUAUGCCCUGCACCCUGACGCAAGUACAUAUACUGGUAAAAAAUGCAACUCACUAAAUAUUAAAAGCAGUCAGGCAUUGAUUCAGACAGAGCCAUUUAAGCAUAUAGUGCUCUGGCUGCCAAGUUCUGAAGGCAGUGCCGCUGGCGGCAGCAGAGAAGUAAGGGUGGCUGUACCAUACUGUGCCACCCUUACUUCUCCGCUGCUGCUGGUUGGGUGCCCAGCCAGCAGCUGCUGCUCUCUGCUCUGCCUUCUCUCACUCUCUCAAGAUACAUUUCAUGCCUCCCAUUUUGAGAACCUGUUUCAAACUGCACAGUCUUACUAUUUCAGCCAAGAGCUUAAUAGUCAGAAGGUAAAAGGAGAGGAACAGGAAAGAAGAAAUAAGGUGGGAAAGAAGCAGCACACACAGUAUGUGACAGCAAGAUCUAAAAGGUGCCCCAGCUUUAGGAGGUGGUGAUGGCAUUGGGUCCCUCACUUUGGUCAGACAUCCCAGGAUAAGGAGAGAGGCCCAGCAGUGUAACAGCAGAUCCUUCAGAACAUGAUGAAGCUCUCACUCCUUCUUAUCCACCUGUAUCCAACAGUUACUGUUAACUUUAAGAAUGCCAAAAGUGUGAUGGGCAGACUAACCCACCUCUUCAUUUUGCCCAUUUUCAGUUCCCCAGUCCUUUUGUUUGCCAGGCAUGAUCUGUAUCCGUGAGUUAUGGAAGGAGCCUUUUUGUUUGGACUAAUUC